ACAUAGCUUUAGUUUCCUCAGUGUUGUUUCACAGUUGAAAAGUUCUAACUCUGAGACUUGAUCAUGUAUGUGCUGAAUUGCUUCUCCAUCCACCUGCUGCUCCUCUUCUCCUCUCUGUCUGAAGUGGUUGAGCCCAACGUCACACUGAGGCUAGAGGGGCCAUCCAGUGACUCCAGCCUUGUGUGUAGCGUCCACUUCUUCUACCCCAAACACAUCAGAGUGACGUGGCUGAGGAACGGGGAGGAAGUGACCUCAGAUGUGACUUCCACUGACAUACUGGCCAAUGGACUCUGGAGCUACCAGAUACAGUCCUAUUUGAAGUACACACCCACAACUGGAGAGAGAAUCAUCUGUAUGGUGGAGCACAUCAGCCAGACUGAGCCCAAACUUUAUCACUGGGACCCCUCCUUGCCUAAGUCUGAGAAGAAUAAGAUAGUGAUCGGUGUCUGUGGGCUGCUGCUGGGGGUGGUCUUUGUAGUAGCUGGACUGAUCUACUGGAAGAAAUCUACUGGACGGCUGUCGGGUCUUAUUGGUGAAUGUGAUUAUGGGACUUGUGAUUGAGGCCGUGUGGACGAAGGCUAGCUGAUCAAAUCCCACUCUGGAAAAAAAGGGUGAUUUGUGGAGGGGAAGGGGUUCUACCUAGAACCCUUCUCAUCCAAAGAACCCCUUUUUGAAAGCCCACUGGGAACAGACGUCAGUUCAAUGUCUAGUUAGUUGUCAACUAACGUGAAUUCAAUGUGAAAUCAAUAAAAUGCCACCAUGUCAUUGCAUUUAGGCAAAAAGUUCAGUGAAAAAAAUUUGAAAUGCCCUUUAGUUGAUGACUUUGCAAAUUCAAUCAGUUUUCCACAUUGAUUCACAUAUAUUGUUUUAGUUGAAAUGAAGUGGAAACAACGUUGACCAGUAUUUGCCCAGUGGGAGGUUCUACAUGGAAUCUUUUUCAUCAGAAAUUCACAUCAGAAAUCAUUUCUGUUUAGCAAAAGCCUUUGUUGAUAUUACAGUUUAAGUUCAAGACAUUAGCUUGCCUAGGAAUUUGUGGAGGAGUAGCCUUCACUGUCAUUUGUGCAAAUGUAUUCUAUUGUGUUUCUAUUCAAGGAUCCUAUUCAUCAUCGAAUCUAAAUCCAGUUAAUGUGUCUUUAUUCACCAGCCCAACCUUUACCUGUGUUUUAAUGUAGACUGAGUUGUCCCUUUAAUUCUCCCUUUAAUGUCCCUUUAAUUGUGAACUGAUCCAUUGUACUGACUGUUAAUUAGUUGAUUGCUCACACCUGUGGCCUCCUGCCUCAAGGGCUCAGUUUUUUCAAAUGGAGGAUUCUGUUGAGUGUGUGGAAGGUACUGCGGAGAUGUCUGCAAGUUGUUCAUAAAAAUAAGCUAUAAGCAAGAUCACCAUCUCUGUCUCUCCGAUGUGAGAGGGCAUCGGUCUACCAUCUCACAAAAUUGUUAUUAUGUACUGUACAUCUUAUAUAAAAUGCCAGGCUACACGUGCCUGAAUUGCUUACCCAUAUGGAAAAAUAUUAUAAGAAUCUUAUGAGGUCCUUUGUAUGUUGAAGAAAAUAUGAAUAAUAUUUUUAUAUAUGUCAGUCUAUACUCUUAUAAAAAAUUGUUAUUUGGGGUUCUAUAUAGAACCUUUUGGUUCUUUGUUUAAAAUGUAAUGGUAAAUAUGAAAAUAAAAGCUUCCAAAUUAAACGAAAAUAUGAAUAA